ACUUAAUGUAUAUGUCAUUUCUUAAUCAUAAUUAAUUGUAAAAUUGACUAGCCAUUUUAACAGUGAACACCUAUUAUUUUCAAUGUACAACUUUAUAUUAAAGCAAUAUUAAGUUUAAACAGAACCUAAUGCAUAUAACUGUAUUCAUUUAUUAGUUUAGCAGGCACUAUUUAUAUUUAAGUGACUUGAAUGAGAAUAAUGAGGGCACUGCAAGCAGAAGUAAUUAAAUGCAUGGAGUUGUUCUCACGUUAAUAUGACCUUGAACUUGAAUUUGUCUGUCUGUCAAAUACUGAAGUUGAACUCCACAUCAUGAAUUCAAGUGUGAAUAUGUACGAGUAUGAGUAAAUAUGAUGAAGAGAAAGAUAAGCGCCUUUAACUGUGCUUCUACUUUUUAUAUGCAAGAAAUGUCAGGCCGCAAGUGUCUUUGCCUGACAAUAUUUCUCUUUCUAAAACACAAGGCUCAAUCCAGUUGUGAUGACUUAUGAUCUUCUUUAUGGUAACGAUGGGAUGCCAAUCAACAUCCAAAAUAGAAACUAUGGCGAUUUCAUUGAAUUCCCUGAAUUUACAGUAUGUGGGGUAUAUUUUGCGGUGAGACUUCGCUUUCUUGACUCAAAGUUUUAUUGUGGUACAACGCAAGUCUAUUUUCAUUUUACCGAAACGGCAUUUCUGUAGACAACCAGGAGACCCUCAUUAAAUUCCCGCCCAAUGUAUGAUUCUGUCACACCCACAAAACCCCUCUAGUUGCACUGAACCCGUUCUAUGGCUUGAUCUUGUUUGUCUUUUGUAAGACCCAAAAUUACUACAUUUAAACUAUUCUGGCGAAAGUGUGGAUGAACCAUGCUAUUCAGAUGACGAUGAGGUUUAUCUCAAACUGUUACCUUUAGAGUGUGCGGACACCACUGUCAUCAUCAUUCAAAACUAUUGCGGUACAUUCCCUAGCGCACAGAAAUAAAAAUGCAGAACCGGAGCACUGCUAUGAUAUUUGCAUCGACAGCUGAACAUGCAAACUUUCAGAUUUGAAUGCAAACUGCAGCGUGUGGUUGAGUGUUGGCGGGAGCUGAAGGGCAGGCCGCGUCUGAGAGAGUCAAACGCCCUGUUGAGUGGAUUAGACUAAACAGAUCAUAGUCUUAUCAAUGAGGUAUAUUACGUACACAGGUCUGGAUUACUAUUAUUCUGGCUGAUGAGUGAGCAUGCUACUCUCCCUUAGAAAUGCAUUGACAAUUCUAAAGAAUCUAAAUGAAAUUUUAAUGAGAUUUUAAUGAGACUUGUCUUAUUAUCCAAAUGAUAUUUCAGAAUAUAUUCCACCAGUAUUGCUGAGGAAGAAAUAUAGAGUUCAUUAAACCCACAUUGGCCCAUUGGGGCAUGUUGUCACACAGCAUGGGGUAAGUUGUCACAAUGGGAACCUGCCAUUAAACAGUCAAGUAUAGGUUUAGAGAGCAUGUUUAAAAGUUUAAAUAAAUACAUGAAACAUGUAAAACGGGUAAAAAGUAAUACAGAAACACAUUAAUUUCUUGUUGUUGUUUUGCCAGCAAAUAUUUUGAUUAAUAAAUGUCAUUUUAUUACAAGAGUCAACUUACUGAUCAAUCAAACAGAAAAUAAUUCUGUUAAUUUUAACUUUUUAUAUUGUUGACCCCAGCCGUCAAGGAACUUUUCAGCCCAACAUAAAAAUUGACUCCAUUUAAAGUUUGGCAUGUCAUUUACUCACCAAUGGAUCCUCUGUAGUGUUUGGGUGCCGUCAGAAUAAGGGCCUAAACAGCUGGUAGAAAAUAAAACCACACCCCGUUGUCCUCUUACAUCAAAAUCCACCAAUAUAUUUGUUUGGAACUGUUUUGUACUAUUUUUGUUUGUAAACCAUGUUUGAUCAGUUCAUAUUUCAAUGCUGAAUCAGACAAAAUUAUAUGUUCACUGGAGAAUGCAAUAUUAUGGAUAGAGACUCACAUUCUAGUGUGAGGUUAAAAAUGACUGAUUUGUUUAUUAGAAAUAUGCAUGCUGAUUAGUUAUUGACUGUUUAGAUGCUUUUAUCAGCUGUUUGAACUCUCACUCUGACAGCACCCAUGCACUGCAGAGGGCCCUUUAAUGUUGUUCAGAUGAAGAAACAAACUCAUCUACAUCUUCGAUGACCUUAGGGUGAGUAAAUCUGAGCAAAUUUGCAUUUUUUUGGGGUGAUUUAGCCUAUUCUUUUAAUGCAUGUCAAUUCAGAGUUUAGGCUAAAAUAAUAAAUAUGAAAAUACUGAAACUUUUGUUUGCUGCAUAGACUUAUUCCGCAUCUAGAAUUAUUCUAGUUAGGAAUACUUAAAAUGUAUAUAAUUGGACUUCUCAAUUAAAAUAUUAUAGUUACUAAAUAUAGUUCUUGUGACAACUUCCCUGUGCAAUAUCUAGCCUGGCUUUCUCUUACUCAACUCAGUGCUUACACUAACAUAUUUCAGUGAAUUACAUCUCGCAUUCUCCCUUCUAUAGCUUUUACAGUAAAUUGCUCCACAGAAUGUCAUUCAGAUCACAGCUGGUGGAAUGAAUCAAAUUAGAAAAAUGUCAUUUUCAUUAUUUGUAACAUCGAUUGCUUAAAUUUUAAGAUUGUAGCCGACACAAAGAGGACAGUGUCCAUGCCUUAAUAAGCAGUCAUGCAACAUAUGAUGCAUAAUCCCAGUUAUUACACUGUUUGCACAAUAAGGCAAAUACAGCCCUUGUGAGGAAGAGAUAUUGCCUGAGUGCUGGCUGAGACUGCCAUACAUGGGCAAAUUUCAGUGACUCUGUGUUUAAGUGUGUGUGUGUGUGUGUGUGUGUGUGCUGCGGGCUGGAAUUUCGCCUUCUGACGUCACUGCCUGUUACUCUCCCAGAUUUGGGAAAAAGAAGUUUCACUUUAAGUGGGGAUUUGAAACUCUGUGAUUCUUAGAAAGCGAGGUUUGUGAUCAUCUGGUGAUUGGUUUUUGCUCCUGAAAAAGAAUCAGAUUUCUUGACUCCAGAAAGAUGUGGGGUGGCCAUAACGAUGGUGACCAGCAAGGUCAUGUGAGUGCACGAAUGGAGACCAGCUUACCCAUGGGUACCACCAGUAUUUCUGUAUCCCAGCAACAGGCUCCUAAGAAGUUUGCUCCUGUUGUGGCUCCCAAGCCCAAGUUCAACCCCUAUAAACAACCCGGGGAUGCAACACACGAGGGAGCUGGAGACUAUCCCCCACCUCCUCCACCUGUCGUUGACACCAGUGGGCUCCCGUCUCCAUCCAGCUUCCCACCUCCUCCACCAAUUCAUGAGGCCUCCCUUGGCUUUCAGAUAAAAGGACCCGAGAAAACUAUAGAAGAGAGACGUUCUAGUCUAGAUGCUGAGAUCGACUCCUUGACCAGCAUCCUGGCCGACCUAGAGAACAGCUCACCAUACAAACCUCGCACGCCACAGAAUUCUGCCAGCCCAGCUGCGGCAGGCUCCAAUGCCCCUGUUACAGGCUAUCGGCGCAUGGUCAUCCCAAAUCAACCCCCUCUAACCGCCACCAAGAAAUCCACCCCGAAACCACAGGCCUCUCCGAACGCCCCUCCUCCGGCUUCGUCCUCACCACGACCCCAUUACCAGCCCGCUCCCCAGCCUGUCCCUGCAUCCUACACCACUGCCUCUACUCCGAGCCAGCCAACCUUCAAUGUUCAGGUCAGGGCCACCCAGCCUGGCCCCCAGCAGCAGCCGGUCCGUGGUCCAGCGCAGGUACAGUACAUGCCGGCUCAACCCAGAGGCCCUGAUUUUGCAUACGGGCCUCCGCAGCCUGGAUUCUGCCCUGCUCCAUCUGGAGGCUACCAGGACCAACACUAUGGUGGAGCUCCUGCUCAUGGAGGUCAGAACACAUGGAGAGCAGAGCCAAGUCACCAUGCUGCUCCUCCACCCAACCAAGGGUACCAGCCCGCUCCCCCGAAAAAAACCUACAUCACUGAUCCGCCUGCCAGCCUAGCACCCUUCGGCGGUGGGCCUUCUGCUCCUCAUAAGGGUCGCCCUGAGGAGGAACUGGACCGUCUGACAAAGAAGAUGCUGCAUGACAUGGACAAUCCCCCAUCUGAGGAGUAUUUUGGUCGCUGUGCAAGCUGUGGGGAGAAUGUGGUCGGUGAGGGCAUGGGUUGUACUGCCAUGGACCAGGUCUUCCAUGUGGGCUGCUUCAUCUGCAUGACCUGUGGCUCUAAGCUCAGAGGGAAGCCCUUUUAUGCCGUGGAGAAGAAGGCCUACUGCGAACCCUGCUAUAUCAACACCCUGGAGACUUGCAACAUAUGUAGUAAGCCCAUAAUGGAGCGUAUCCUACGGGCGACUGGGAAGGCCUAUCAUCCCCAGUGCUUCAUCUGUGUGGUCUGCCAUCGGAGUCUGGACGGCAUUCCCUUUACUGUGGACGCCUCCAACCACAUCCACUGCAUCGAAGACUUCCACAAGAAAUUUGCUCCUCGUUGCUCUGUGUGUAAAGAGCCCAUAAUGCCAGCACCUGGCCAGGAGGAGACUGUGCGUAUUGUGGCUUUAGACCGUGACUUCCAUGUGCAGUGUUAUCGCUGUGAGGAUUGUGGCUGUCUUCUCUCUGAGGGAGACAACCAGGGUUGCUACCCUCUGGAUGGCCACGUUCUCUGCAAAAACUGCAACACCAGUCGCAUCCAGGCCCUCACUGCCAAGGCCACGACUGACCUCUGAGUAACACACAUAUCUACAUGCAGGUCCCUGAGAAAUCCUGAGAAACACCAUAUCCUGUCACAUCACUGCACACAAAUAUUUAUGCUCAGACAAAUGCACAUGUACACACAAAGCUGUCUUUUCACUUAAGGGGCCACGACUUGUCUUGUCGCUCAUGCACCUCCACACACUGUGCCUUGUAUUAAAAUUGCACUCAGAAAUGUAUUCACCAGAGCCUUAACACAGCUGCUUGAAAAAACCUAAACAAAGUAGGCCUUAACAUAUAGAGAAAGACUAUUAGAUUCUAACUGAUGUCCACGGAGCUGUUCAGUUGUGAAGUGGGACAUUAAGAAAACCCUCAUAGAACAUCAUAGAAUCUACCUCUAAAAAGGGACCAUGCUGUCUUAUCACUAUGCAUUCCAGUAUGUAUCCAACCUGCAGCUUUCAUUUUAUUUUAAAUCUCUGCAUUGUAAUGUCACAAUCCAUCCCAACUUUCACACUGAGCUACUAGUCACACAAGUAUAGAUUCUCUGCAAUGGCUUUAUCAAAUAACGCAGAUACGAAAAUAAUUGGAAGUUUUCAUUACGCGUCAUUCAAGCUGGUUAAAAAUAAUUUUUAAAUCCUCUUAUGGUGGCUGUGAAAUUGGAGGUUUUAUGUUUGCUAAGGUACAAAAGACGGUAUAGAAAGACCUGGACAUCGACUCGUGCUUCAUCGGUAUGUUUUUGUAAACAUGUUUGGGAAUGCAUAUCCUUUCGAUUUACAUUUCUGAAUUUACCCUUUGAGUUGAAAAUGACCAAAGAGCUACAUUUACUUUCUCUGUGACAGCGUGUAUGUAUAUUAUUGUAUGCUAAUGAAAUUGAAUGAGGAGUAUUUUAUCCUUUAAGGACUGUGAAUGACCUUCAGUAGCUCAGAAGCCUAAAUACAUUGUGGUUCAUUCAGUGCGGUUUCCUGUAUCUUCCUCAGUGUACCGCUUAUAUUCAAAUGAAUUUAUCAAGAAAUAUUCUGCGCUUGGAACUUUUUUGUGGUUUGGUGGUGUUGUAUUUUUUUUCAGAAAUGCGCUCAGUUAUCACAUUGAUUUGUAUAUCAUGAGUGAAAAUGGUAAAAAGGUCUAAGGAUAAAAUGUAUGUAUUUAGAUAUGCACAGUAAAUUGUGCAAUAAUGCAACAGCAGAUCGAGAAUCGUUUGGUAUUAAAUGAAAAUUCUCAGAGGAAAAACUGUCAGAUUAGUGAUAAAAUGUGUGACAAUCAGGGCUGAAAGGAUGUUGGAAAUGUUUUAUUUUAUCUCAUUUGAUCUAAGACUUUAAGGGCUGAUGAGAGACAGCCUUGUGAGCAAUCUUUUAAGUGUCCUCAAAUUGUGAAUUUAUUGUAGUAUUAGUUGCGUACGAUAGAGAUAAGUAUUAAUAAAAAAUAGGAAAAACGUUUAUAGGGAAAAUCUAUUUUCUUUCAUAAUUUUGUACAUGGAUGAGACCAUUAUGCAAAUUUCUUCUUUGUUGUUGCAUUGACACUUUACUAAGAAGAAUAUGCAGACAUUUUUUAUUCAACGAGAAAUUGUUCAUGCUGUUCUUAAAGCUACAGUGCACACAUUUUGGGAAAAUCUGAAAUUAUGUAUAUAUAUCUACAGAGUGUCACUAUAAAUUGUGAGUUUUAGAGUGUUAACACCUCAGGAAAUUUCCAGUCAGUGUGCUGCAGUGAUGCCCCAGGGAACUUCCCCUCUGGUUGAAGGGUAAAUUCAGAUGUGAAAGUCAUGAUAUAUAUAUAUGCAAACAGAUAUAAAUAGACGGUUACAAGCACCUCUUGAUUUAUUAUGGCUGUUUGUGGAUUUUCAGUGUGUAAAAUGAAAUGUGCUGUAGCUUUAAGCCAUGAGAGCUUCAUUAGUGCUUCAUUGCUUCAAUCUGUACCUCUCUUACCUUUUCUAUAUGUGCCUUUUUCAGCUUGUGAGAAACUGAGGUGGUGUUGUUUGAACACAAACACAGCUGUGGCUUGUGGCUGAUGAUAUGUCUUUGAAUGGUCCAUUUUGUUUUUGUUACCGGUUUUUUUUUUUCCACACUACUUAGAGGCUAUGCAUGUUCGCAACUUGAACCAAUCUUUAUUUCCAGGUUUUAUAUAGAAAGACCAAAUAUUUUAAGACUUAAUUAGAUAUUUCAUUGUAUUGUCUUUAAAAGCAUUAAGUGUUAUUGGAAAGAGAAUUAUUGCUGUAUAACUUGGCACAUUUAGGUUGUCCUUCCUCCUUUUUUGCUUUACUGCUUAUUCCCCAAUCCCAUCUCAAGUUCUUUUUAUUCAAAUUUCUUAUAGAUGUGCUUCAUCUGUUAAGCAGUUUUGCCCAUUUGAGUUUUUUUUUUUUUUAAAUUGAUUUGUUCUCUUCAAGUUUUGGAUCAGGAUGCAAUUUAAAACACUUUGUACCACGUUUACCCGUUUGUGAUCAUUACAGUAGCAAUAGCCUGAUGAUUAUGAUUGUCUUGAAAUAUGUGGUAUAUUAGAAUUUUCAUGCAUGAGGCACUUUUUUUUUUUUUGUCAAAAAAAAAAAAAAUGCAUAAAACAACCUAAUCUGUGCCCCAGUGACAUUCUAAGUAUAGACUUGGAUUCUGUUCUUACACUCUGUUGUUUUUGAUUACAUAACAACUUCCUCUAUAAUUAAUAAAUCUUUUGAAAACCUCCA